UUCCUUACGCGAAACGCUACCGUCUAUCCCUACCCCACUCUCCCUUCUGUCGUCCGUUAACUCGCCAGUCAAUUUCUUUCGAUUCUCUCUCCCCUCGCGAGCACACUGUUUCUUAGGUCAAUGCGAACCCUAAGACUCUUCCACUGAACUACAAUGGCGAUCGACGCUUUGCUGCUAGGGUUUUUUCCUCUCUCUCUCAAUUUUAGCCUUUUUUCCUUUUCUUCUUUCUGCAUUUUUGUCUUAUUUUGUUUCUGUAUUUGCUUUACUCGGUUGCUCUCUUAUUAACUGUUAAUACCUCUCCCCUUUAACUCUGCAAUUUUGAUUUGUUUAGGUUUUUUUUUUCUUCUUUUGAAUCAAGGUGUUUCCGUUGUUCUGCACCCUUGCAUGCUUUUCCCACGCUUUUUGUUUAUCUGGAAGUGGGAAUGCAAUUCAAUUAGAUGCCAGACAAUGUGGAUUCUCUUCAUUAUUUUAUUGGUGCAAUCGGAGAUGUUGCUCUUUUGUACGUAAUUAGAUUUGUGGCUUAAUUUCAAGUCCUGGGUGGUUUGCUUUUGGAGAGUCCUUUUAUUAAGUUUGCUGGAAGACAGGAAAUUAGUUUGUUUGAAGCAGGGGAGACUUACUAUUAUCAACUUUGAUGGCUGCAAUGGAUCCUAUAGAUAUCAGUUCUGAUAGUGAUGAUUGGUUUGAAGAUGAUGACUUUGAUACAUCACCUAUAAGGAGAUCUACUGAGUCUAGGGUUCUUCCAUCUUGGGCUACUACGGCAGGCACAGACUCUAGGAGGCAAACUCCACAUACUUCUCCCAGAAGAGAACAUGGUUCUAAUGGGAGCUCAUCAAGUGUAAAUGAUCAUUCAUUUCUAAAAUCUUCACAUCGGUUAACUACACAAGCAGAUGAUUCUUUGUAUUUUGCUGGAAAUGGGAAUAUGGGUCAACCUCGGACCGUUAAUUCUCGAAUUGCUAAUGUUUCUGGUACAGAUUAUGAGAAACUUUCUUCUCAACAAGCUCUGAAGAGGACCCUUCCUGCUUCUUUUCAUCGAUCUCCAACCAAUAGUAAACCAACCAACUUGGUGGAGAGUGGUAGUAGCAGUCAGACUCGUGAUAUUUAUGGAAGCAUGUACCAUUUGGCAGGGCCAAGUUUAACCAAUUGUAAGGGCUAUAUGAGGGACCAUUAUGGAAGGGGCAAUUAUGAGGAUGUUGUGAUGUAUGAAAACAAUGGAAGUAGGACACUGCCUCCAUCCUUGAUGCAUGGAAAGUCCAUUUCCUCGGGUCAGUUUGGUUCAAGUGACCCUGCUUAUCGUCCCAUGGUUGGCGAAGAAAGUGUUACAGGGAAUGAUGAGAGACUGAUUUAUCAAGCUGCACUGGAGGAUCUCAAUCAGCCAAAAACUGAAGCUACUCCACCUGAUGGUCUGUUGUCUGUGCCUCUUCUAAGACAUCAGAAAAUUGCAUUGGCUUGGAUGCUUCAGAAGGAAACAAGAAGCUUGCAUUGUCUAGGUGGAAUUCUAGCUGAUGAUCAGGGUCUUGGUAAAACUGUCUCAAUGAUUGCCCUCAUACAAAUGCAAAAGUCUUUGGAGUCAAAAUCAAAAUCAGAAGAUCAAUCUAAUCACAAACCUGAAGCAUUGAAUUUAGAUGACGAUGAUGAGAAUAGCCGUCCUGGUUUGGUUGAAGUCAAGCAGACUGGGGAAUCUGAUGAUAUCAAAUCAAUUCCAGAAGUAAGUACUUCUACCCGGCCAUUUAAGAGAAAGAGACCAGCUGCUGGUACUCUGGUUGUGUGUCCAGCGAGUAUUCUUCGGCAAUGGGCAAGGGAAUUGGAUGAUAAAGUUGCAGAUGAAGCUAAGCUUACUUUUCUUGUUUACCAUGGAGGUAGUCGGACAAAGGAUCCUGUUGAAUUGGCUAAGUAUGAUGUCAUUCUGACAACAUAUUCUAUUGUGACUAACGAAGUUCCAAAGCAACCUCUAGUUGAUGAGGAUGAGGUUGAUGAAAAGGAUGGGGAGAAGUAUGGAUUAUCUUCUGAAUUUUCAAUUAAUAAGAAGAAGAAGAAGACGACUAAUGUUAGUAAGAAAAGAAAGAAGGGUAGGAAGGGAAUAGAUAAUUCCUCUAUUGAUUAUGAUUGUGGUCCACUUGCUAGGGUUACUUGGUCUAGGGUGAUACUAGAUGAAGCCCAAUCGAUUAAAAAUCAUCGAACUCAAGUUGCUAGAGCCUGCUGCAGCCUUCGUGCCAAAAGAAGGUGGUGCUUAUCCGGAACACCUAUUCAAAAUGCAAUUGAUGAUUUGUAUAGCUAUUUCAGGUUUCUCAGAUACGAUCCUUAUGCUGUCUACAAAUCUUUUUACUCCACAAUAAAGGUUCCAAUAUCUAGAAAUUCACUCCAUGGUUACAAGAAACUACAAGCAGUUCUUAGGGCAAUAAUGCUGCGUCGUACAAAAGGAACAUUAAUUGAUGGGGAGCCCAUAAUUAAGUUACCUCCAAAAUCAAUAUACUUGAAGAAGGUAGAUUUCUCAGCAGAGGAGCGAGCUUUCUAUACCCGCCUAGAGGCUGAUUCACGUUCUAAAUUCAAGGCUUAUGCUGCUGCUGGUACAGUGAACCAAAACUAUGCAAACAUUCUUUUGAUGCUUUUGCGACUUCGUCAGGCCUGUGACCACCCUCUUCUUGUUAAAGGUUUUAAUUCUGACUUGUUUGGAAAAGUUUCUACAGAAAUGGCAAGGAGACUCCCUAAUGAUAUGGUGAUUGAUCUAUUGAAAUGCUUGGCUACUUCCUCUGCAAUCUGCCGCGCAUGCAAUGAUCCUCCUGAGGACCCUGUUGUUACCAUGUGUGGCCACGUUUUCUGCUAUCAAUGUCUGUCAGACUACUUGACAGGGGAUGAAAAUACGUGCCCUGCUCCUGGCUGUAAAGAACAACUUGGUUCUGAUGUUGUUUUCUCUGAAGCGACUCUUAAAAGUUGCCUGUCUGAUAAUCAUGAUGCUGGUGCUAAGCAUCCUGAAUUUGAUGAAAAAUCAAUGGUCCUACAGCAUGAGUAUUUCUCAUCAAAAAUUAGAGCUGUUCUUGAGAUUCUCCAAUCUCAUUGUCAGGUAAAGAGCCCAAGUCCAGAGCUAAAUCGUUCCACAGGAUGCAAUGGAACUUCAACAGCUUAUUUAAGCUCGUCUACUGAAGGACCAAUGAAAUCAAUUGUUUUCUCACAGUGGACUAGCAUGUUGGACUUGGUUGAGAUGUCAUUGAAUCAAUAUUGUAUACAGUACAGGAGGCUUGAUGGCACAAUGACUUUGACUGCUAGAGACAGGGCUGCCAAAGAUUUCAGCACUGAUCCUGAGGUAACUGUAAUGCUAAUGUCACUAAAGGCAGGAAAUCUUGGCUUGAAUAUGGUUGCUGCUUGCCAUGUUAUCCUUCUUGAUCUUUGGUGGAAUCCUACUACUGAAGAUCAAGCUGUAGAUCGAGCGCAUAGAAUUGGUCAGACUCGUCCUGUUACUGUAACUCGACUCACUAUUAAAGACACGGUGGAAGAUAGAAUAUUAGCCCUUCAGGAGGAGAAGAGAAAAAUGGUUGCAUCUGCAUUUGGUGAAGAUCCAAGUGGUGGCUCAGCUACUCGCUUGACAGUUGAAGAUCUCAAGUAUCUAUUUAUGGGACGCAGUGCUCCAGGAGUUUAGUGUUCUUAAGGUGAUACAAAUUUAUCUAGGAGAAAGUUUUCAGGAGUUGACAUGAAUUUUGAUCAGUAAAAGAGACAUUAGGAAUCAGUGGCUGCACUUGUAGGGCCUGCCUGGGUUGUGACUUGGUUUGGGUGGUAAUUGUUUUUUGUGUUUGGAGCCCCACAAAGGCAUUUUUGUUUUCUGCAAUUGCAGAUGAAAGCAAGUCCAAUCCACCUGUAAAUAUUAUUAAAUAUUCUCUAGUAUAUAUCAAAGCAAUAGUUUGUAGUCGAUAA